AUGCCAGACGAGAAGAAAAUCCCCGCCUGCAAGGAAUGUAGGGAGAAGAAGCUGAGAUGCGUGUUUGAACGGGUAGACUGCUGCCACAGAUGUGCAAGACUGGGAAAACAAUGUCAGCUCCCCGAAGCCAAGCGGAGAGAGCGAAAAGCACGAUUACGAGGACGAGUAGAGCAUCUGGAGAGCAGUUACUCUGAGAUAUUGACCCUCCUGAGACGGAAUGUCCAGGCAGAGGGAUCACCAGCUCCCAGCAGCUCACAGUAUCAACCUUCCUCGAUCACUGACAGACGGCCACAAGAUACAGGAAGUACCUCACAACUGGGGGGCUCCCAAUCAAUCUUUCCCGCUGUUGUCGGUACUGAAAUGCUGCCGUUGGAAGAAUGCGACUCCCUCAUCACCGCAUAUCGGCGAAUGUCUCAGACCAACUACCCGUUCGUUAUUCUUCCCGAGUCAUGCCGCGCUGCGUCUUUGAUCGAGGAACGACCCAUGUUGGCCCAGGCCAUCUUCAUCGUCGCGUCUUGGAGGAACUCAGCACGUCAAGCCACGCUUCGAGCCAGUUUCCUCAGAGAUUUGAGCGACAAAUUUCUUAUGCAGUCUGAGAGAUCCCUGGACCUUCUGCAAGGCCUGAUCGUGUACUUCGGCUGGUGCCACUUCUACACGAUCACCUUUCGGUCUGAAGGCUACAGACUGGCCACGAUCCUUGUGACCAUGGCAAUUGAAUUGGGCAUAACGCAAAAGCCUCUGAGCGUAACUCAACAUGACCUCCUCCUAAAUUCCAGCUCCAUCUAUCCACAAACAAAUGAGGCCACGUCUUCGAGGUUCUGGAGCUAUGAAGCCCGGAGAGCCUUUAUCGCUGCUCAUGUUGUCUCAACUUUUUGCUGUCUAGCUUUUCGAAGACACAGCUUAUUGCCACACACGCAGUAUGUGGAAGACUGUGCUUCGUCGCUGGCCAGUGACCCGCAAUGCCCCUCCGACUCGACUCUCAUCUACUGGGUCAAGAAUAUGGCCCUCGCGGAACUGGUCUUGAUGACCUUCGAUUCCGGCUCACGGGAACGGAUCUGCGAAUUGAACGACGACAAAAUCCAACUACUCGUGAAAGUCCUGGUGCGGCAACUCGAUGAAUGGAGAGCUACCCUUCCGCCUCCUACAUCAGUAAAUGGGCACCUUCACCGCGCAUACCAUUGUAGCCGGGCAUACAUCCACGAAGUCGGCCUGUACGGUCUCGUGCAAGGCCAGACGCCAUCCGUCACUCGCAUUUCUAUCAUCUACGAAUGCUUCUCGGCGUCCAUGAAGGAUCUGUCGGACAUCCUCGAGCUGUCCCUCGACGAAAUGUCCGAAUGGGGCGUUAUGGACUGGCGUCAACUCAACCUCGCGGUAAUGCUCUGCACCAAGUCCUCCAUCAUUCUAGAUUCGACAUACUACGGCGGUGUCGAAUCUUCUCAAAGAGCCUCCUGGCUGGCCAAAUGUCUAGAAACUCUCUGCCACCGGGCGAAAGCACUACACGAGAUGGCCAUGGCCGGCGCCGGCGCCUCUCCGGGUCACCAAGAAAAAGACCACUUCUUGAAACGCAUCGCCAAUGAGUGGUCCAACGUCAAGAUAUAUCAUCAGAACUGCGUUCAGAGAAAUCAACCCCAACCUCAGCCUCAAGAGCAAGCGCAAGUGACGAUGCACCCCGGCCACCAAUCGCAGCCGCAGCCGCAGCCGCCCUCAUUGCAGCAGGGACUACUGCAAUCCUCGGAUUUUCCCUUCGACGUCGACGCCUUCAACGACAUGUACUGGUUUGGUCUGGGAGAUGGCGAGGCCUCCUCGACUUUCACCACGGGCUGGCAGAUGUGA